GACACACUCACUCUCCAUCUUUCUGGGUGAGUCGACAUCUAAGAUAACCUCUCCAGGAUGUCCAAGGCCAAGGCUGCACCCCCUCCUGGGUGCACUCUUGACAUAAAGGACCCUCAGGUCCAGGAGGCAGCUAUUCGGAUCCAGGCUUCAUACCGAGGCCAUAGAUCACGUAAGGAGCUUAGGGAGAAAGGCCCCCCUAAGUUCUUGCAGGAGCUGAAGGACGUUGUUCUUCUGGAAGGCAGUGCAGCCAAGCUGGAGUGUCGGGUCAGCGCUUUCCCUGACCCCUUCAUUGUCUGGUCAAAAGAUGGAGCAGAGCUGAAAGACGGACCCAAGUACCGAUAUGUGUUUGAGGGCCUGGACGUGGUGGCACUGGUGGUACGUGAUGGUGUCUUGGCCGACUUGGGCAAAUACACAGUGACCAUCAAGAACCCCUUUGGCAUGACGUCUGGAUCUGCUUGUAUUUUAAUAGAGGUUCCUGCUAAGGUAACUAAAGGCCCGGAUAGUGUAAAAGCCAAGAAAGGGACCACAGUGGUGCUCAAGGCAGAUAUUGCUGGGGAGCCCCCUCCAGAUGUCGGUUGGCUCAAGGAUGGUGAAGAUAUUGAGGAGGAUGACAGAAUAUUCUAUGACAUCGGGGACACCAACACCAUCCUGACCAUAAAAAACGCACAGCGUUCAGAUGCUGGAAAAUAUGAGGUCUUUGUGGAAAACAAUUUGGGCACUGACCAGUCCUUUGCUCGUGUUGACAUCCUGUGAAAACACGAUGUGUGCUUGGACUUCAACUCUUCUCUUCUGUCUUUUCUGUUCUUGGCUCCUGACAACAAAUUUCAGUUUAUGUUUAAGAUCAGGCACAUUUCAAAUUGGUGCAAAUAAUGCAGGAUUAUAUAUAAUGGCAACCUGUGAUGAUCAUGCUCUUUAUAGUAUGUGACAUGGAUGUGACACAGAUGUACUGGUGCUUUUAAUGAUGCAUCUCCUUUCACUUUCUGUGUUUACGGCCCACUUAAAGCCUUAUUGUACUGCCAAUGACACCAUUUACAUUGUAGAAUCACUCAUAUGUUCAUUGUUGACUGCACAUAAAAAUGAAAAUUGUUGCAACACGUGCAUUUCACUUAAAGCAAAGUUGUUCUUUAGCUAGGCUUACAAUUUACUCUAUAUUCUGUAUGUGAGGGUAGGCUAUCUAACAGGUAAACAAAACACAUAAACCAUACAAAUACCAACAAAUAAAGCAUUGUCAGUAAGAUUGAAGUUUGUGAUUGAAGAAUAUGAACGAG